GGAUUUCCCUUUCCCUUUUUAUUAAUUCCGGAGCGAGGUGUAUCGCUUCUCGACAAGUUGUUUAUUAGCGAAAUGCAGUGAGAGUGCAGAAAUGUGCGAGGGCGUGAGUUACACGCGAGACGAAUUAACCGCGAUGAGACGGCGAGGUCGGUUUCUACUCGAGCCUUCUCCUCAUCUCUUCAGGAAGGAGGCGCGCUGCGUUUCCGUCUCGCUCGGGUCAGUUCCACUGUGGGUGUAGGUAUACGCGUAGGCAUAGUCGUGUGGGUGUAGGUGUAAGUGUAGGUGUGCGGCGUAUGUAGCGCGCAACGUCGCCGUCGCGUCUCCCCCGUGUUCUCUCGUCAUCGAUUGUGCGCGCGCGCGCGGCGCAAUCGGGGGAUCGCUCGCGAAGUUUCUCCAGAGGUAGGCCGCGUAACCGCCACCGCCGCGCGAUCGCCUCCGUCCUCGCGGCCUGCAGCGGAAGAGAACGGUGCGCGGGGGCUCGCGAUUUCCGAAUCGAACGAGCGAGCGAGCGAGCGAGUAAGCGAAAGAGAGAGAGAGAGGAGAACGUGGGUGGGAGGGAGAAAGAGGUACGUGUGCGAAACGGAGUGGAGCGAGUGAGCGCGGGCAGGCGGGUGGGUCCUGCCGAAGCGUCGUCGUCUGUCGCGCCGCGGGGAUCGUUCCCGACCUCGUGGAUCGUCAGGAUCGGGUCAGCCAGUCAGCGAGCCAGCCACUUACAGGCCGCCAUCUUGCUGCUUGCGAGAACGGUGACAGACGGGCCUGCCUGCUGUCGCGAUCUGAGCGGAGUGGAGCGGAGUGGAGCGGAGCGGAGCGCGGUGUGGCGAGAGGCGAGAGGAAGGAGGAGAAGGAGAGAAGGAGAUAGACACAUAGGUAGACGACAAAGUCCCUUCAUGCGGUACGCGCCUAUGCCAUCCCCGUCGCCUAUGCCUCAUUCUACGUACGAUCGCAGUCGAGGAUAGUUGGAAACAGCGGGAAAUAGCCUAACGAGAGAAGGAGGAGGAGGAGGAGGAGGAGGAAGAAGAAGAAGAGUAUCGGCCGCGCCGAUACUCACAGUCGAGUGCUAGGUACACGUACACACACGUACACAAAGGCGCACGCGCGCGCACACACACACGCACGCACGAACGCAUCUUCGUCAUCGUCGUCGCCGUCGCCUCCUCUCGCAAUGGCAAUGGAGACGCCGAGGGAACGAGAGAUUGCUGCCGAGGACAGCAUCAAGGUGGUCUGCAGGUUCCGGCCGUUGAACGACUCCGAGGAGAAGGCCGGCUCCAAAUUCAUCGUCAAGUUUCCGUCCGGCGGCGAGGAGAACUGCAUCUCCAUCGGGGGCAAAGUGUACCUCUUUGAUAAAGUAUUUAAGCCAAAUGCUACGCAAGAUAAAGUUUACAAUGAGGCCGCAAAGUCUAUUGUCACAGACGUUCUGGCAGGAUAUAACGGAACCAUUUUUGCAUAUGGUCAAACAUCGUCAGGUAAAACGCACACAAUGGAGGGAGUCAUUGGCGAUCCCAACAAGCAAGGAAUUAUUCCAAGAAUCGUCAAUGAUAUCUUUAAUCACAUCUAUGGCAUGGAGGAGAAUUUGGAAUUUCACAUCAAAGUAUCAUACUUUGAAAUUUAUAUGGAUAAAAUCAGGGAUCUCCUCGAUGUAUCUAAAGUUAAUUUAAGCGUACAUGAAGACAAGAACCGGGUGCCGUUCGUGAAAGGCGCGACUGAGCGGUUUGUUUCUAGUCCUGAAGAGGUGUUCGAGGUGAUAGAGGAGGGCAAAUCAAACCGGCAUAUCGCCGUGACCAACAUGAACGAGCACAGCUCACGUUCCCAUUCCGUUUUCCUUAUAAACGUCAAACAAGAGAAUCUGGAGAAUCAAAAAAAGCUCUCCGGUAAGCUGUAUCUCGUCGAUUUAGCCGGUUCCGAAAAGGUUUCUAAAACUGGUGCAGAAGGAACGGUGCUAGAUGAAGCGAAAAAUAUUAAUAAAUCUCUGUCUGCACUUGGUAAUGUAAUCUCGGCCUUGGCUGACGGCAAUAAGACUCACAUUCCUUAUCGUGACUCCAAGUUAACGAGAAUCCUGCAAGAAUCCUUGGGUGGCAAUGCUAGAACCACAAUCAUCAUCUGUUGCUCUCCCGCUAGCUUCAACGAAUCUGAAACAAAAUCAACUUUGGAUUUCGGUAAACGCGCUAAGACCAUCAAGAACGUUGUAUGCGUGAACGAGGAGUUGACGGCCGAAGAGUGGAAACGUCGUUACGAACGCGAGAAGGAGAAAGUGGCGAGAUGGAAGGGCAAAGUGGACAAAUUGGAAGCGGAAUUAUCGCGUUGGCGGCAGGGUGAGACUGUCAAACCAGAAGAACAAGUCAGCCUAAUUGAAGGACCGGAUGUUACCACACCAAUCACUGCAUCCAUUGAAGGCAAAUUGGAUGAUAGUCCGAUGCCUGCGACUCCUGGCGGCGGUCUUAUGAUCGGUUCCCUCUCGAAUGAGGAGAGGCAGAAGCUCGAGGAGGAACGCGAGAGGCUGUAUCAACAAUUGGACGACAAGGAUGAGGAAAUUAAUCAACAGUCGCAGUAUGUCGAAAAGUUGAAGGAGCAGAUGGAGGAACAGGAGGAACUUAUCGCCAGCGCGAGGCGAGAUUACGAACAGUUGCAGCAGGAGAUGAAUCGAAUACAGCAGGAGAAUGAGAGCGCUAAAGAGGAGGUGAAGGAGGUGUUGCAAGCGCUGGAGGAGCUUGCAGUGAAUUACGAUCAAAAAUCGCAAGAGGUUGAGCUGAAGAACAAGGAACAGGAAUCAAUGACUGAGGAACUUUUGGCUAAGCAAGUAGCUCUGAAUAACACCGCGUCCGAACUACAACAGUUACGUGACAUGUCGGCCCAUCAAAGAAAACGCAUCGCAGAGAUGCUAGCAAAUUUCCUAAAAGACUUGGGGGAGAUUGGCGUGGCUAUCGGUGGCGAAUCUAAUGAAAACCUAAAAAUCGCUCCACCGGAGAGCAACGGUAAAUUGGAGGAGGAGUUCACAGUGGCACGAUUAUUCAUCAGCAAGAUGAAGUCUGAAGUGAAGAAUUUGGUCCAGCGAUGUCAGGGAUUGGAAAGCUUCCAAGUAGACUGUAACAAGAAAGUUUCCGAGUACGAGAAAGACUUGGCCGAAUGCCGGCUGUUGAUUUCACAACACGAAGCCCGUAUGCAAACGUUAACGGAAUCGAUGAAGGAGGCCGAAACGCGUAAGCGAGCCUUGGAAGAAGACGUAGACGCGUUGCGCGAAGAAUGCGCCAAAUUGAAGGCCGCCGAACAGGUGCAAGCGGUUACCAACAAGGAGAAGGCUGAGGAAAAAGAGGCAGCGACGAAAAUGCGAGUGGCCUUGGAAGAACAGAUGGAUCAGCUGAGAGACGCGCAUCAAAAACAGGUUGCCGCGCUCAGAGAUGAACUGUCUGAGAAACAGGAACUGAUCAGCGAACUUAAAGAUCUCAAUCAGAAAUUCACUUUGGCGCAUCAACAGAUGCAGGCCGAUUACGAACGAUUAAAGCAAGAGGAGGCUAAUAAGUCGGUUAAGCUGCAGGAGCUUAUGCUGUUGAACGAGCGCCGAGAACAAGCAAGAAAGGAUCUCAAGGGAUUGGAGGAUACGGUAGCCAAAGAACUGCAGACUUUGCACAAUUUGCGCAAGUUGUUCGUCCAAGACUUGCAGGCUAGAAUAAAGAAAACCAUCAACGCGGAGGAUAAUGAAGAUGACGGUGGUUCUCUCGCACAGAAACAGAAGAUAUCCUUUUUGGAGAACAACCUGGAUCAACUAACUAAGGUGCACAAACAACUCGUCAGGGAUAAUGCCGACCUUCGCUGCGAGUUGCCUAAAUUGGAGAAACGAUUGCGGGCGACCAUGGAGCGCGUCAAGGCCCUGGAGACGGCGUUACGUGACGCCAAGGAAGGCGCGAUGCGAGAUCGUAAGCGAUAUCAGUACGAGGUGGACCGAAUCAAGGAGGCGGUUAGGCAAAAGAAUCUGGCGCGUCGCGGACCAAGCGCGCAGAUCGCCAAGCCGAUUCGCGCCGGUCAACACCACCUGAGUAACGUCAAUGCCAUCAGAACCGGCAAUCGUGAUAUGGGUAACAGCGUACAGUGAUCGUGAUCGCAUAAUGCCAAAAUACCCUUCACUUUUACAGAAAACGAAUGCAAGAACGCUUUCAUCGACGAAAACAAAAGAAUUCCAGCGGCUCUUAUGUAUAAUGGAUAUGCAUAAAUGUUACAAUUAUUAACAUUAUUAUUAAAAUAAGGGCAUAGUACUAUAUUGUCCACAAGGAGAGAGCACCGCCAGUUCUUUUUAUUGUUUUUUUCCUCUUUUUUUUUUUUUCUCAGAGCAAGCAUCUGCUUAGGUAUAUAUAAGAUAAGUGCAUUAAAUUAUAAAUAUAUUUAAUCACGAGCGCUGCAUGUCCUGUCGAUGUAAAUAGUUAAUUUUUAUAAAUUAUUUAAUUUAAUGUCAUGUACGUAUACAUAUAUGCAUGAUUCGAAUAGAUAUUGAAAUGAAUGUCUGAUUCGAACGACCACACGAAGAAGUCUCUCAUCACUCUUAUGGAAUAAUUUAUAUUUAUCGUCCCUAUUUAAAUCGCGCUCAGUCUGGAACGAACGGAGCAAAUCAAGAAAAAAAAACUUGCCGCCAUCCUACGAGUUCGAAGCGAAGAUCGCGCGAUCGCGUUGACCAGGAGCCUCGAGAUCUCGAGAAGGAGGCAACGAAUACUUAAGAUGUUUAGUUCAGAUGCCAAUUAAUUACAAAUUAAUCGAGAAGACGAUCGGACAUGCGGCUUUGAGCGAGUGUAAAGAUGACCGCGGCUUAGACAAAUAUAAUCGUAAGAAAUCUCUCUCUUUCUACCCAACUAGCUAAGAUAAGAAUACCUCGCGAUAAGAGCGCACGAUAAAAGUCUCGCGUCCACGAAACUCGUAACAUAUAUGCCUUAGGCACUAGCACAAAUCUUGAAAAUUGACUCCGCGCCCGACUCGAGCGCGAUGUCCGUUUGGAUUCGUCUGAGUGUGAAAAAUCAGGACCGAGUUCUAGUUCCGUGGACCCGAGUUCCGAGGACUCCCGAACGCAUCCUGCCGGAGGGCACGCUUGAACGGGAUUCAAGCGUAGAAUUGCUCUCUCCAGAGCUCUCGCGUUACGUCGCGAGUUGGCGUGCGGUCUUAUCGGAGCGAGGGAAAUUCAUUUCGAGGACCUGUUCCGCGAUACAAGAUAGGAGAGCGAUUUGAGCGACGACUGUCGGCCAUCGCGCGGUAUACACAGCGCACAGUUCGCCGAGCAUCUCUCCGAUCUCUCGUGCGCGUCUAAUUUAGUUUAAUUUAUCCUCGACACGCUCUUUGGCGACCAGUAGCGAAGCGUACCGAGCGACGGGAAGUUUCGGCCUUCCUCCGGCGAGCCUUGGAGUUCCUCUCCUCUCACUUUUUUCGGAUACGAGCGAGUAAUUUCGGUAGAGAUUCUCUCUACUUGUCGCGGUUCCCAAGAGGAAAAGAGAAAAGAGG